GGAUACAAGGAAACAGAACCCAGGUGGGACCCUGCGGCUAAGGUCAUUACCAUCAGUGACAGGAGAGGGGGAUCGGGCGGAGAGAGCGGUGACAGCAGGCAGGCAGGGUGUGAGGGGGAACACUGGGGUGUGAAUGACCGGGAGGCGAGGAGACGGGGGAGGUGCCCGGCAGGAGGAGGAAGACUCUCGGAGGAGGAGGGUACGGGCGGGGAGGGGGAGACCGGACAGAUCACUCUGAGCGGAAUAAGGAAGCGGAGGUAACCGGGGUACCCCACCAAGGACCGGACCCCUGCUGCCCGGGAGCCCCCGCCAAGGACCGGACUCCACUGCUAGGAAGCCGAAGCCCAACCCCACAGGCUGCCAUGGCUCCUUUCCUGAGGAUUGCCUUUAACUCUUUUGAGUUAGGCCCUAUGCCAGGACAAUCUGAACAAUGUCAGCCAUUCUGUGCAGUAAAGAUGAAGGAAUCCCUGAGUACAGAGAGAGGGAAAACACUUGUCCAGAAGAAGCCAACAAUGUACCCAGACUGGAAGUCCACAUUUGAUGCUCACAUUUAUGAGGGGCGCGUGAUUCAGAUUGUUCUGAUGAAGGCUGCUGAAGACCCCCUCUCUGAAGCUACAGUCGGCGUGGCGAUGCUCGCUGAGCGCUGUAAAAAAGGGAAUGGCACGUCAGAGUUCUGGCUGGACCUGCAACCCCAAGCCAAAGUGUUAAUGUCUGUGCAGUACUUCAUGGAGGACACAGAUUGCAAACAAUCUGUACGAGAAGAUGAAGGCUUGGUGACGAUAAACAGGAGGAGAGGAGCCAUCAAACAGGCCAAAGUACACUACAUAAAGAACCAUGAAUUCACUGCCACAUUUUUUCAUCAGCCAACUUUCUGCUCCGUCUGCAAGGACUUUGUGUGGGGCUUGAACAAACAAGGCUACAAAUGCAGGCAGUGCAAUGCUGCCAUACAUAAAAAAUGCAUUGACAAGAUCAUUGGCAGGUGUACGGGCACAGCUGCCAACAGCCGCGACACCAUGUUCCAGAAGGAACGGUUUAACAUUGAUAUGCCUCACCGGUUCAAAGUGUACAACUACAAGAGCCCUACUUUCUGUGAUCACUGUGGCAGCCUGCUUUGGGGCCUUGUGAAGCAGGGGUUAAAAUGUGAUGAAUGUGGUAUGAACGUCCAUCACAAGUGUCAGAACAAAGUGGCGAAUUUAUGCGGCAUCAAUCAGAAGCUCCUAGCGGAGGCUUUGAACCAAGUCAGCAUGAAAUCCAGCAGGAAAUCAGAUUCCAGUCUGGAUAACUUUGGUAUUUACCAGGGUGUCAUCCCGAAGGGUCCAGGAGCAAAAGGCACUGAUUCUUUAGACAAUCAGUAUGACAAGCUAUGGGAAGGACUUAGCCCGCAGCCCACAGUUAAGGUCUCCAGUCUCGGCAGUCGUCUCACAGCAGAUAAUUUUAUUUUUCACAAGGUCCUUGGAAAAGGCAGCUUUGGGAAGGUGCUAUUGGCUGAGCUAAAACGUAAGAAUGAGUUCUUUGCCGUGAAAGCCCUGAAAAAGGACGUAGUGCUGAUCGACGAUGAUGUGGAGUGUACAAUGGUGGAGAAACGCGUGCUGGCCAUGGCCUGGGAAAACCCUUUUCUCACCCACAUUUACUGCUCCUUCCAGACCAAGGAACAUCUCUUCUUUGUCAUGGAAUUUCUGAAUGGAGGAGAUCUGAUGUUCCAUAUACAGGACAAGGGUCGUUUCGAUCUCUACAGGGCUACGUUCUAUGCAGCUGAGAUAAUAUGCGGAUUGCAGUUCCUUCACUCCAAGGGUAUCAUUUACAGGGAUCUCAAGUUGGACAACGUGAUGUUGGACAAGGAUGGUCACAUCAAGAUUGCAGAUUUUGGGAUGUGCAAAGAAAAUGUAUUUGCAGAUAAUAAAGCCAGCACAUUCUGCGGAACCCCAGAUUAUAUUGCACCAGAGAUCUUGCUUGGACAUAAGUACACCUUUUCUGUGGACUGGUGGUCAUUUGGAGUACUGUUGUAUGAGAUGCUGAUUGGACAGUCUCCUUUCCAUGGGGAUGAUGAGGAUGAGCUAUUCGAAUCCAUUCGAGUGGAUACUCCCCACUAUCCGCGUUGGAUCACAAAGGAGUCUAAAGACAUUCUGGAGAAGCUGUUUGAGAGGGACUCAACAAAGAGACUCGGUGUAAUUGGGAACAUCAAACUACAUCCGUUCUUCAAGACCAUCAAUUGGACAGCUUUGGAAAAGAGAGAAGUGGAACCCCCUUUUAAACCUAAAGUGAAAUCUCCUAGUGACUAUACCAACUUUGACCGUGAGUUCCUCAGUGAGAAGCCACGACUAUCCUUCAGUGACAAACACCUUAUUGAUUCAAUAGACCAGACAGCCUUCCAGGGAUUCUCCUUCAUCAACCCCAAAAUGGAGCAACUCCUGGAGAAAUGACAGCAGCACUCCAUUUCUGAACUGUGGCCAUAGGGUUAUACCAAAAGGAACAACAAAGAGAAACCGUGUCAAAACUUUGUCUUCUAUGAAUCCCAGUAUUGUGGAAGAGACUAGCUAUCAUGGAGCAUUGUUCUUGAUCUGAUCACUCCAGCUAUGAAAGGGUUAUUUUUAUUUUAUACUUAAUAUAUUCCUGAUGUAGAACAGUCCUCUCAUCUGGAUACUUGAAUAUAGUUUAUAUGUCCACAAAUUAUAAAUAUUAGCUGAAUAUGCAUUUUGCUGUACAUACUGCUAAGAGGGUGUAAGGAAAACUAUCGUGGGUGGGUAGAAAGGAUUGCGACAAGUGACUCGGAUGAAAAUAUUUUUUACAGUCCACUCCAGCUUUGUUCUAAUAAUAAAUGGGUAUCGAGAGUGCCAAA